GUUUUUCUUUCUGUAUUUUCUGAGGGAAGAGGAUACUAUGUGUGUUUGUUGUUUACGAAACGUCAUGCCAUGGUGUGACUAUUAUUGGAUGGAUCUUUGCAAUGGGUGGGAGAACUGGUGUCUGCGGUCGUUCGCAGCGCUUCCGCCUCUAACACAAGGAACUUGUGCCAUUAGACAGAUGAGAGAUAUUGUGAUGGAUUUUACACCGCAUUGUGUAUGGAGGAGCUGAGUGACAGCAAUAACAACAGGAGGAAAAAUAGCACAGAGUACAAUCGACUCGAGAAGUGACUCUCCCCCACUUGCAGCCAUGAGUGCAGAAGACAUCGUUUACACUGGGUGGCUCAUCAAAUCACCUCCUGAAAAGAAAUUAAAGCGCUAUGCCUGGAGGAAGCGUUGGUUUGUGUUGCGUAGUGGUCGAUUGAGUGGCAACCCCGACGUCCUUGAAUACUACAAAAACCACCACUCCAAGAAACCGCUCCGCAUGAUAAACCUCACAGAAUGUGAAAACAUUGAAGCUGGAUUAAAGCUCAGUAAAAAGGAAUUCCAGAACAACUAUGUUUUUGAAGUUAAGACUCCAGCUCGUACAUUCUACUUGGUGGCUAAAACGGAGGAAGAAAUGAACAGAUGGGUACGACACAUCAGUCUAAUCUGCGGCUUUAGUUCCAGUGAUGAUGGAACAGAUUCCCUUGGGAGCUCUUCUCCUACCACCUCCUCAUCUCUUCAACCAUCUCCAGCUGUUUCAACUCAUACAUCACAGUCAACGAAUAGAGAUCAAUUUCCCUCAACUCAAGAUUCUGUAAUGGAAGCUGAGUCCAGGAGGAGUGAGUCAGAAUCCACACUCUCUGCAGUCAUGCCCCUGGAUUAUCUUAUUUUAUCCCAAUGUGAGACCAAGUCAAUCGAUAUUGUCAGAAGCAACAGCUGUUCACCAUGUGAUAGAUCACUCGAUCAUUCCUUCGAGUUUACAGGAUCGGAUGAUAUUCAGGAGAAUCUACAGCUCAAGACUGGCACCCCAACACAAACAUCUUGUAAUGUUCCUGUCUAUAAAAAUGUGCAAGAUUCACAAAUAGUCAUUCUUCCCAAUCAAGAUCUAAGUGGACCUUCUUCAGCAUCUUCAUCUCCAUUGUCAGUUUAUUCAUUUUCACAGAUCUUUAACUUUGACAAAAACCACAAUACGCUGCCAUUUGGUGUAACAGAGAUUCACCUUUUAUCCAACACCCCACCCCCAAGGCCACCAAAGCCAAACCAACUAACAGAGCGUGAAAAGACACACAAAGUGAUUCAGAAUGGAGAUGGUGCCUAUGCUAUAAAUCCUGCACCAGUACCCAAAAGAAUCCCUCUCUCGAGUCUGGAGAAAACAAGAAAUUGGAAAGAUACAGAGGACUGUAAUUUGCUGCCAUUGACUGAUUUUCAAGGGAACUGCAUAAUGUCUGCAGAUGAAGGGUUUACUCUAAAUAUGCAGAAGCUCCCUGGACAGCAAAGUAGUACCAUGGACAGCACUGAUGACAGCUAUGUCCCUAUGAAUCCAGGAUCCUCUCCCGUAAUGCCUGCAGCUGACUGCACAUCAGAUGGUUACAUUCCCAUGAGUCCAGCCUGUACAAACCUGGUCUUGCCAUCAGUCACCACAGACAAUCUGCCAUUAUCUACACUUCCUACAGAUAUUGAACCUCCUCCAGUUAACAGGAAUCUCAAGCCUCGAGUCAGAAAGAUCAAACCGCCACCUUUAGAUCUGACAAGCCUCUCGACAAUCAGGGGACACUACAAUCAUUCUUGUGUCAGCAAGACAUGGAGUAUGCCUUUCAGGUGGAGUACGGCCAACUGCAUCACACCAGAGAGUCAAUGUAAUUCAGCCAGGAGCUUUUACAGCACCCUCAAUGGGGAGAGCGAUGAAAAUUACACACCAAUGGAACGGUCUAGCUCCGUAUAUAAUGGUAAUGGCAGCAGUCACUGGCCCCGAACGUUAAACCUGGACUAUCUAGCCUUAGAUUUCAAUGCAACAUCUCCCUCUCCUGUUCAGAAGAAGCCAUUCCUUUCAUCCAUGCUGGAAGAGCGGGUAGACUAUGUCCAGGUAGAUGAACAGAAGACCCAAGCUUUGCAGAACACUAAGCAGGAGUGGACUGAUGUGCGACAAUCUUGUAACCUGUCAAAAACUUUAAAAUGACAAAUUUUUAUUACACCAAAACUUUACCAGCGAGGAAUAAGAUGCAAACUAGACCAAUAUGGUUCUAGAAAUGACCGAUUGAAAGACUAAGUUGAUUUCUUUUAAAUUAAGAAGUGAACGUACAAUCAAAAUAGGCAGCUUGAAAAUUGCAGACUCUGUCAGAGACACAGAAUAUAUUGUAUUUCUAACAAUAAUGCCACCACAUUGGUUUGUUUUCAGCAAUUUUUGGUUUAUAUUUUGACAGCAAUUCUUUCAAUCAAGCACUGUGUCCAAUACAAUUAAGAAGAAUACCAAGUGAUUUUAUUCACCCCUGGAGUAACCCUUAUUUUUUUAUAAUUGCAAAUCAAUUGUGAAGAGUUAAAGGCCAAAAUACAGGACCUGAGGUUAAAAAAAGAGUAAAAGAGAAAAACAUAGUAAAACCAAGAAAUAUAACACCCAGCUUGAAUUUUAAAAGUCUGUCAGUUAUAGGAGCAAUUAAAGGGUUAUGAAAUUUCAUAAUUUUGAAGUUGUGGGAGAUUCCAAGGAAUUCCUGAUUUCAAUGCAGUAGAAAUAUAGGGAAGUUGGAAAAUGUGCAGGGUGAUAUUUCUGGAGCUGAGAGCAAAACCAGACAGGAAAGUUGAAAGGGGCAUUUCUAUGAUGGAGUUGAUCGCAAUGGAAGUGAGAGAAAUCUUGGAGGCAAAGUCUAACAGGAGCAGGCAUCAACUUUUUCUGUAUUCAGAAGGAUAGGAGAGCUUCAUCAUAUAUGAAAGUAGUGUUGAAGUUUUAAACAAAUAGGAAAAAUUCUCAGCCUUUUGUAAGUGUACAGGGUCUAAGCACCGAUAUUGGUAUCUUGAAGAAGUGGUUUUCACCUUCAUGGGCACCAAUUUUGUCUUUUGGUUGAACAAUAAUGAUUUAUAGGCUUAAGAUUUAUAAUUUGGUUUUACAAUUUUUGAUUUUACUUUGCAUCCUAGGGAUAGCGAUGACAAACCCCUAUAAAAUCAAAUUGUAAAAACCUUUAGAAACUGUUGUGGAGCUGCCGGACAGUUCCACAAAUCCUAAUGAUGUAUGUCCAAAUUAUCUUCAAUUUCUAAUCAAAUAGAAAUUUCUGCCUCAUUCUAAUGUUCCUCUUUUUGUUGGAAUUAUUAUUACAUUUAUUGCACUGGUUUAUCAGGUAACUGCUUUUUUCAAAUUGCGCAGGAGUGCUUAUUCUGGGACAACAAGCAAAAACAGGUUUUUGAUUUAACUCAGGAAUAGAAAUGUCAAAUAUGAUAAAAACAAAUGAUAGAAAUAUGAAUAAAAAAACAGCAAAUACUGCAAGUAUACGCCAGGUCCAAAGUCAUGAGGAGAGAAAAGACAGAUUCACGCCUUGGAUAGGGAGCCUUUGUAAGGACAAGCAAAGAACCUACAACCAACAUAUUAGCCUCUUAAAGAUUCUGACAGACCUGCUGUGUAUUUCCAAUACUGGGUGAGAUUUUACCUCACUCAAAACUUAUUCACUGACACAGUUAAAACUGGGCUCAUUUUGUGCCAUUUGUAGAAGCAUCAGCAAUCGUUUGCAAUUUUUCAGGAAAUUUUUGGAUGAACAUUCUAGGAGCAGUAGCUCUUCAUUCCAUCUUAAUCCAGCCUAAACUGGUUCUACUCCGGCUUUCUCUGACUAAAUAGCAACCUGAAAAUUAUUCUGUUCCAAUUUGUUUUUCGGCACAAUAGAAAAUGUGAGCAGGUGUAGGCAUGGUUUAUGGUUGGCGCAACCAUCUGAAAAUUGUCUUAUCCUUUAAAUCAAUGGGACCUCCAAAUUGAUUUGUGAUAUAUGUCCUUUUGCUACCUUUCCCCUAAUACCAUUGCUGCCCCGUUGAUCUCUGAUUUUUUUUCACAUAGUGAAGGUGAGAAAAGAACAGGUUUUUUAACUUAACCCAGGUGAUAAAACAAAUGCCAGAAAUAUGAAAUUAAAAAAACCAGAAAAUUCUGUAAGUACAUGCCAGGUCCAAAAUCAUUAGGAGAGAGAAAAGAAUCAUGUCUUAGAUAGAGAUCCUUAGAAUAGAUAGAAUCCAGCAAAGUAACUGGAUUCAGCAGUCAGUUCUUCUCUUCCCGUUGAAGGCAUUGAAUCUCAGUGAGGUACAGUUUCUAAUACCUCACCUAACUUAUUAUUUGUCACGUGCUGGACUGUGAGUGUCAUAGGCAAUUGAAGCUACUGGGGUGGGGGUUGCCAUCAUAGUCAAAGCCUAUUCUAUUUUCACCUGCGGUUCAUGCAUACACACUAUUUCCACUUUGCAAAGCCCAAUGCUGAUUUUGUCCUUUUCCAAUGCUAGGGGAACAGGGACUAAUUAGAACAUCCUCUGCUAGCUCAGCACUGAAUAGGAAUAGAACCUGAGACAUAUUAGUCUUGAAGGUUUAGUGUCACACUGAACAAUGUUUUUACACAUUAGGCCAUUGAGGAGGGCUACUAGUCAAAGACUCCAGGAAGUUUUAAUAUGCUGUUUGAUUAUACAAUGAAAAGCAUUAUAACUAUAACUAUUUGUGUCAAAAUUUCAGAGUUAACUCUUUGUUUUAAAUUUCCCUCCUGCCAGCUAAGAAAGGGAGCAAAAACUGAAGGAUAAAUGUUGCAUUUUAAAAUAAAGGAGUUCAACUUUUUUGCAAAAACAUAUUGAAAGUAAACCAAAAAGAAGUCAGAAAAAACAAUUUUUUUCCCAAUUUUUCGCUUCUACCAAAGAUAAAGGCAUUAUUUUCUGUCAUGAACAACAGUAGUACAAGCACUAACUAUUCAUUUAAGAAAACUUAUAAAUUAUAUAUUAACAAUCAGAUAACCAGAAUUAAGCCAAUUGUGUCAAUCUUGCAUUCAAAGAACUUGGAUUCGAAAAGUUAUUCUAACUAAUGGGGUUGAAAUUACACUGUGCAUAAUGCAUUUAUACGUUCAGAUUAAAUUCCUCUGAUAUUUUAACAAAGGCAUUAACCCAUGAUUGUUAUUGCACAGUGCAAUAUCAACCUCUUGCUGAUGGAGUCCUACCUACAGUAACAGAUAAGUUAUCAGAUCAGGAAUAUUUCUAUUUCCUUUUUUGGUCUUGAUUAUGUAUAAAAAAACCUGAGUCAUAAGAAUUAAAAGAGCCAGAAAAGCCAAUGAUGCACGUUUUAUCAUGAUAAGUGAUAUUAACCCCCUACCUAUUUAUCCCUCUGGGUCAAAUUCAUUCACACAAGUAUCAUUUAGCUGUAGUCUUACUUCUAGACACUGUAAGCAUUUCACCCCCUUUUGUCAUAUGGAUUCUUGCCUCUUAAACUUUUUCUAGUGAGGAGAUCAGAUAAGCAGGUGAGCAGCUGCUUUUGGUGCUAAAUAUGAUAGAACACUAUUGAACUAAUACAUUCUCCAGCUAUACCACAUAUGAUUCACAUCACCUACAGUCAUUCCAUGGAAGUAAAAGUAAUGAUGCUAUAUGUCAUUAAUUUCACAAAACAUUUUAUUAAAGAUUUUAUUUAAAGGCCAUUGCCAGGAAUGCAUUAACUCUUGGGAUGCAGAUCAGCACUAGGAAUUUGCCAUAUUGAGCUCACUUCUGUUAAAUGCUUCAUGUAAUUGCCAAAGGGGGAGUGGACAUCUACACUCAGAAACUGAAAGAAAAAAAAGUUCUCUUAAAUCAUUCUAUUUAAUUGCUCCAAUGAAAGAUAGAAAAUUCCUACCAUCUAAUAGCAUUCAAAAAUGAAAAACUACAAAUUCUGGAAAUCUGGAAUAAAAACAUAAGAUUCUAGAAAUACACAGUAGAUUACUUAGCCUCCAUAAGAGAAAUGUCUUUGAGGGUGUGCAGCCUCAUCAAAAUUUUUCCCUAUCUUAUUAACAUUUCUUUCUAUCUUCAUGUCCUUGGGACAAAGGUUAUUAAGAGACACGGAGUAGAGUCAGGUAAAUGAGAUUAGGUUAAAUAUCUGGCAUGACCUAAUUGAAUGGCAGAACAGGUUCAAGGGACUGAAUGGCCUUGUCCUGUAACUAAGAUCCUAAUUUUAAUCUAACCAACUCAACAGGAAACAGACAGGAUCACUGCUGAUAAAUUGUAUUAAUACCAGCUGUAUGACCAAUGAAUUCAUCAAAGAAAAAAAAACAAGGGAUAAUUUGUUCACAUGAACAGAAAUAGCAAGGGCUGAAUGUAGCAACAGGCUGGGGUUCAAAGCAACUCUGAUCGAUGAAUGACAGUUGUAUAUUGGCUACAGGAGCCUUUCUUGAGGAUCUUGCGCAGUCUCAGUUCAGCACUUAGUGAAUUUAAUGGAAAAUAAAAUCAGGUGGGGUAUAAGAUGCGUGACUGAUCCAAUAGCAUUAAUUUUAUGCCAUAUUGAGUUAAAAUUACCGCGUUCAGUUCUAAUGAAGGAUGCAAAUCUAAAACAUCAGCACCUAUCUUUUGUCUCUUUAUAGUGGAUAAUGGACCUGCUUUCUAUUCCCUUUAUCUUGGCCAGGAUUUUAUGGCCCUGCCACGGUGAGUCUCCCCCCAGCGGAUGCGGCAAACCAUUUAAAUCUUAAUUCAGUUCGGUGGGACCGUAAUAUCCCACAAGGUCAGAUGGGCUGUAAAAUCCUGGCCCUUAUGUUUUUAUUUCUCAUCGCAUUCCCUUCUCAGGGGAUCAAGAAUAGGAGAAGGGUAACGUUGAAUCCCAACUUAGUUUCCAGUCAGACAGGCUAUAAGUGGAGUCUUGAAGAUAUAAGAAACUUGUCUGCCAAGGGCUGGAAGCGUUGGAGAGUGGAGCAGCAGGGGACUGCCAGAUUGUAUAAGUGGAGCUGCCUAAUGGCAUCGUCAUGUGAAUAGGGAUUACAGAGUAAAUGACAAUAAGAGGUGCUCAGAGUUGUGGAGGAGUUAACCCACAGAUAUCAAAUGCUGUCAGUAACAGCUGCCAGGAAAAUAAAAAUCACUCCACAGAGUCAGUCAGAUUAGUAAAUGUAAAGUUGCACUGAGCUCUCCAGAAAAAAGGGUCACAAGGUUCUCCUACUGUUGAAGAAGAGAUACAUUACCAGUUAUUUGAGAGCCUAGAGCUUUCAAUCUCAUUUUCUAACCUGCUUUUUAAAAAGAAACUACUGAACUAUCACAUGAAUAAAUUUGUGGAAGAACAUAUUGUUUAAAAAGAGAUUGGUCUUAAUAAAAGACCAACAUAAGGGUUUUUCCUGUUUGAAAUAUGUAUCUGAAUCUUGUACCUUGGGAGCUAAAAACUCAGAAAAUAGGUGCAGAUAAGGAAGGACAUUCAACUCAACCCCGUUAGCCCAUCUAGAAAAGCUGACAGUUUCUCAGCAGAGCAUUCAAUUGUUUCUUUAAUGAUUCCAGGUGUCCGUCUCCAUAACCCUACUCAGAACUCAGUUCCAGGUUUUGAUCCCAUAUUAUGUGAAGAACGUCUAGCAUGAGUCCAAAAUUUGGCACACUGAGCUUGGUGCCCCCUCAUCCCUUUGAAAUAUUGCGCUGUAUUGAACUUUUCAGUGCGAUUUGGUAUGUUAUGCUACAGAUAUUUUAUACUAAUAGGCACAGGACUGCACAGAGCUUUUCAUAACUUCUACCACAAUUGUGCAACAAAGCCAUCCCAGUGUUUUGGACCCUUCUAUUAUCUUCAGAAAAGGAGGUUUUUUGGGGUGGGAGGGGUGUGGUGUGUGGGUGGAGAAGGAGCAAUUAUUUUGUUGUGCUCUAAUUUCCCAGGUUAAAGAUAUUAUACAAUUAUAAGGAGAUUACUUAGUAAAAAAAAAAAUUAUGAGAUCUUCAAAGCAAUCAGUUUUCAGAAUAAAGGGAUUUGACUGGAAUCACAGAUUAGGAAAUAAAAUGGAUUGGGAUAGACUUAGUUCAGAUUCUUCACCUUGUCUGUUCAGCAAUUGUAAAUGUUGUAUAUAAGGAUAUGUAAAAUAUUUGUUAAAAUAAACUGUUUCUGUGUUAUGCUAAA